GGACAUCUUCAAUUCUCAACGCCGACAACCCAGCACACAACACACGCCACCAUGUCGUCCAAGGUCAAGGCUGGUCAGCUCUGGGGAAAGAACAAGGAGGAGCUCUCCAAGCAGCUCGAGGAGUUGAAGACCGAGCUUAACCAGCUCCGCGUCCAGAAGAUCGCCAACGGCGCUUCUACCAAGACCCAGAGAAUCUCCGACGUUCGCAAGUCGAUCGCUCGCGUUCUCACCGUCAUCAACGCCAACCAGCGCGCUCAGCUGCGUCUGUUCUACAAGAACAAGAAGUACAUCCCUCUGGACCUCCGCCCCAAGCUCACCCGUGAGCUCCGCCGCCGUCUCACCAAGUUCGAGGCUACCCGGACCACCGAGCGCCAGCGCAAGCGCCAGAUCCACUUCCCCCAGCGGAAGUACGCCGUCAAGGCCUAAGUGCAGAACUUUAUCGGAUCUGGAGUUUUGUGGGGGAAAGACGUUACUUGCCCUUGGACACAUUAAACAGGAUGUGUGAUGUGUGGACCUGAGCGGGGUCGAUUUUCUCUUUUUUUUUACAUCCAAAAAAUGGAACUUGAUUGUGUAUCUUAAAAAACGAUGCAAAUCGACUCUUGACAUGACAUGACAACUUAGACGUC